CGGCGCGUCUCCACACAAGUCAAACGAAUAAGGGUCAGCUGUGGUAACGCCAACGUGACAUGUAGGUAGCCACCGAGCGAUCCGCUCGCCGUUGAUGAAUUGCAGAAAAAAUCAAAACAGAAGCUACAUGGAAUGUGAUGUGCAGUGAAUGCUAGCCAAAUUAUUAGAAUUCGUUAAUCUUAUACUGUUAUUAUUAGCAUUAGUAGAUCGAACGUGAACUUAUGUACUCGAUUGAAUAGUGUGCUGAUAACCUAUAAUUGAAAUAGUACGGUGGUAAAUCUAAUCACAAUUAGUUAAUACUAAGUUCUAAAACUACAGAACUACUACGUGGGCAGAUCCCUUUGAUGCUCUAGUCGUUGCGUCAGUACUUUAGCGAAAGUGGUCCAGAGCUAAUUCCCGAAUCAUAAAAGUGGCCAGAAGGAGAAAAACCAAACCGAAAUAAGAAAACUAAACGAUUUUUUUAAUACACCACUGCUAUUAAAAACACGGAAUUCUUACUUCUGACCGGUUGUCCGCCACAUUUUAAAAAAAUCGUUUACACGUAAUCCUGCAUAGCCAGAAUGUCUAAUCGAUCCCAUGAACCCGAAGCCACUCCACAAACUCAGGGAAUCCAGAGCUCCACGCCUACAGACAAAUGCAAGAUCUGCCAGAGGGCGGACCAAGGUCGUUUGUGGAAAUGCAACAUAUGUCGUAAUUGGAAUCACCCCGCCUGCAUUGGUAUAGAGUCGACUAAUGAGAACGAUAAAUUCGUAUGCCCCCAAUGCCAGCCGCUAACUGGUGCACUGAAACAUACCUUCGUAGCACCUCCUGUAGUAGUGCCUGCAAGCACAACCCCAAUUGAAUACGUGAAUAUGUCGUGGUCGCAGAUAUCUCCAGUCACUACUCUAACGUCGACGACGCCCAUGUUCGUGCCGCCUAACACAGUUGUAGACUCACGGACCAUAAUGCCACGAUACUCUAUUGCUCCGUCAUCCUCGUGUCCCUCUCCGUUUCCUCCGACUAAUCAGGCCUUCAGAAAUACAUUCCCGAUUCUGUCCAACCUCGCUCAAGCUUUGCCACCGUAUCAAUUGCCGUCAUACCCCGCGGCGAUAAACCAACCUUGUUCGAGGUCGCAGUUCAUAUCACCAGGUGUUAUUGCAUCCAUUGGAGACGCAAUGGGAGCACCAACAGUAUUGCCUCCGCCAAGCGUUGCAAUACAAUGCACAAAUAACGCUCAACCGGUACACCCAUUGACAAUAACCCAACCGUACUCGACGACACAGUUUGUCCUACCGGGUACCGCACACCUUGAAGAAGCCAUGGUAUCCUCUGAACAGCUUUCGUCAAGUCUCCCAAAUCAACAACCAGCGAUGCACAACCCACCUUCAAUAUUGCGUGGUGCAAUACCAUCAGCUGUAAUUGUAUCUAGUGGGGAACCUAUUCCAACAGCCCCGACGAUGUUGCCUCCGAGUGAUGCGCGGAACAACCAAUCCUUAGUUCGAGCGGAUGCCAGAAGUCAAGUCUCAAAGGCUACAGGUUCCAGAUUAUCUACGAGACAGCAACAGAAGCAAUUGGAGUUGGAACUGCUCGAUGAACAAAGGAAGCUGCAAGAAGAGGAGGAAGCCAACAAGCGUGAAUAUCUUCGAAAGCGGUACGAACUGUUGCAAGAAAUGGCCAGCGAAACAUCGUCAACUUCCGGCGUUAGUGUUGUAGAGGACGGGCCGAAUGAGAAGGUCAACGCAUGGCUGCAAAGUGGAAUACCAAAUCGCAACAUGACGCAAACUUUGGCGACGUCCCAGGUGCAAUAUUUCGGGCCUACUGGACCAGCAUCCGGUGUACCACGGGACGCAACAGGAAACUUAAUGGGCAAUAUAACACGUAGCAGUCAACAAGAGUGUAGGCAGCAACAUGCACUGCACGACGAUAGCCGAGCUCCAACAAGAAGUAUCCGGUUCGCCAACACUGGUGAACCUAAUUUUGAUCCGGUGCAGCGAUCAACACCAAGGCACAUAUCAACGCGGUCAGAAUAUGGAAACAAUCUGACACACAAUCAAGUAGCUGCACGCCAGGCGAUCUCGCGAGAGCUUCCCAUAUUCGACGGUUCACCAGAGGAAUGGCCCUUAUUCUACUCCACGUUUAACUCAACUACCGAAAUGUGCGGAUAUACUCAGGAAGAAAAUCUGAUACGUCUUCAAAAAGGCCUCAAGGGGAAAGCAUACGAUGCAGUAAAGUGUAGGUUGAUGCAUCCCGCUAACGUCCCUGGAAUUAUUGCCACGCUUAAGAUGCUGUACGGGAACCCCGAGGUUAUUAUCCACAACCUUAUAUCGAAGAUAAACGCUGCUCCUGCUCCCAAAGCCGAUAAACUCGAUACUGUCAUUGAAUUCGCCUUGACAGUUCAAAACCUAUGUGCAACUAUUGAAGCAUGUGAGCUUCUGGAGUACUCUUACAACGUCGUACUUCUGAGAGAGCUGGUCGACAAACUCCCUUCAGCUCUAAACAUGUAA